GCCGUCCUUAUAACAGACGCCGUAAAAAAACGCGCGUAAACCGUAAAAAACGCCGUAAAAAACGGCGUUUUAGUGUUUGCAAAAAGCGCCGCUUUUAACGCCGUCAGCUUGCCACAGGACGCCGUAAAAAACGCCGUUCGGAAUGUGCAAAAGCGCGCGUUGUUUACGGUGUUUUCCUUGUAGUAUAAUGAGCCACGCCCACUGAUUUCAGUAACCAAUAAGUUUGAACUGUUCUCAUCCAAUCAAUGAUGACCUGACUCAGACCAGACUAGUUUACAUCCGAGUUCGAUUGUUAUUUUAAUCAUUCGGUUGGUUGGUUGGUUGGUUGACAUCAAGAUGGACAGGAGAAUCUUUAUUUUGCGUUGUCAGCAGACGCUGAACAAUUGCACUCGACAGCUGACAGAAGAUUCUGGUGUACUACAAUCAACUUUAGUGAGGCUAGAAACAAUGCAGAGAAGCAUUGAAUGGGCGAGAGGAAGGCUGAUCACUGCACCAGAAGCAGACGAGUUACUCCAGGAUCUCAAUGAAUAUAUAGCAGAGGUACAAGAGCAUAGGCAGCAUGGACAACAAGCCAGUUCCAGUUAUCAGGCUCCACUUACCUGUAGUGGUGAUCGAGGUGCACCCCAUUACAGCAUCACCAGAGAGCAACUUUCCUUUCUGAGGACGUGUGGUUUUAGUCUUCCUUCAAUAGCAGAGAUUCUGCAAGUGUCUCUGGCUACCAUCAAACGCCGCAUGAAGAGGUUCCAUUUGAAUCGCUCUCUGACGUAUUCUGAAAUAACCGAUGUAGACCUCGAUGCAAUGAUCACAGACAUUGUGGAUGGAAAUGACCAGCUGGGAUCGGAGGCUGUCAGGGCACAGUUACGGGCAGGUGGAAUUCGUGUACAAAGACACAGAGUACGCAGGAGCUUGGUUCGAAUUAACCCAAGGGCAGCAGCACUACGGGCCAUGUCACAAAGACCACACAGAAGGUUGUACAGUGUUGCUGGUCCAAACUCCCUGUGGCACCUAGAUGGCAACCACAAAUUGAUAAGAUGGAGAAUUGUCAUUCACGGUGGUAUAGAUGGCUACAGUCGUCUCAUAGUCUUUCUCCGUGCCUCAAACAACAACCGCAGCAGCACUGUAAUGAGUUACUUUUUGAAUGCUGUGGCCAGGUACGGAGUGCCUUCUAGGGUCAGAACAGACCAUGGAGGAGAAAACCAAGAUGUCUGUGUGAUGAUGAACAUUUUCAGGGGCUCAGAGAGAGGCAGCGCAAUAAGAGGCAGGAGCGUUCACAACCAAAGAAUUGAGAGGCUCUGGGGUGACAUGUGGCGGGGAUUGACUAAUGUAUAUUACAAUCUCUUCCACUUCCUGGAGGCUGAAAGUAUCUUGGACAUAGACAAUGAAAUGCACAUAUGGGCUCUUCACUUUGUCUAUGUGCCGAGGAUCAACAGGCGUUUAUCAGCCUUUACUCAACAGUGGAACAACCAUGGGCUGAGAACAGAACAACACCAGACACCCAUGCAGAUAUUUGUUCGAGGCUGCCUGGAACAACAAGGACAGCGAACCACUGCAAUGGAAGAGAUCUUUGGCAGAACAGCUGGGCCAGCAAAUGAACCUGUUCUUCAGGCACCGGCAGCAGAAUCAAGUUUGCAGGAGGCACCAGUGUUUGACUGGCCAGAGGGAGUAGCUGUUCCUCAAAGUGACUUCACAUUGGAGAGUGCUGCCUUAGAGCAACUUGUUGCACAAAUUAAUCCACUUGGUGGUUCAAGGGGACAACUCGGAGUGGAUGUCCUUCGAAAUGUUUUGUCUCUUUUGACAUCUCUGAAUCCCCAACAUUAAAGAAAAAUAAAUGGUUAUUUCUGUAAUCGCAGAUUAUGGUCACCACUGACUAAUUAUAUGGACACUGAAUUUUUGGUAAGCCAACCACUGAAGUUUGUUGUGGGUGUGGAUAGAUCCACUUGAAGUUAUAUUUUGAGUAGCUGUUACAAUAUAUAAGUAUGGUUAAAGGGUUAGCUCACCCAAAAAUGAAAUUUGUCACUAGUUACUCACCCUCAUGUUGCUCCAAACCUGUAAGACCUUUGUUUGUCCUCAGAACACAAAUUAAGACAUUUUUGGUAAAAUCCAAGGAUGAUCCACAUAAGCAGCAAUGGUACUGCAUCUUUUGAGGUCCAGAAGGGUAUUAAAAGACAUUGAUAGUGUUUCAACAUUAAUAUUAUAAAGUGACGUGAAUAGUUUUGGUGCGCAAAAACAAAACAACUUUUUCAACUAUCUAGUGAAGGACGAUCUCUGAACAAUAAUUCACGAAGCUUAGAUUCUUUAUGAAUCUUGUUUCGAAUUCUUGUUUUUACUCUCAUGUUUCAUCUAAAAUGUCUAUCAUUUGUGUUCUGAGGCCUAAUGAAAGUCUUACAGGUUUGGUACAUUAUGAGGGUGAGUAAUUAAUGACAGAAAUUUCAUUUUUGGGUAAACUUACCCUUUAAGAUUGUGUGAAAUUUUAAAAUAAACAUCACAAAUAGCACGGUCACCAUUUGGAACUUGAAAAUAAAAGUUUCUAUUUCCCA